AUGAUAAUAGCAAAGCAGUACCGUUGCAUUCACUCGGCGACUUGCCAUUGCACGAAAGGACAUCUAAGUGAAGAAGUAUUGUUCCUUAUGGCUCAGCAUCUAAAUUGGAACCCUAAUGUAAUCGCGACUCUAUCUUGCGUCUGUAAAUGGUUUGAUGAUCUCGCUAAGCGUAUACUAUGGAAAGAGUUUUGUAGAGCCAGAGCACCGAAGAUGAUGUGUGACCUGCAAUCUAGUGGUAGCCACAGUGUUGAUGGGAGUUGGAGAGCACUUGGGAAACUUUUGAUUUACUGCUCAGGUGCGACUAAAGGUGGACUCUUUAACCAUGUUCAAAUCCCGGGUCAUUUUGUUCACAGAACCCGUUUCUCUAGAACAUCGGGAAGGAGUUUCCUUCCUCCACAAUGCCGGAAUGACGAUAUCUUAUAUGUUUCUGAUCCUUGUGAACAUUUGGAUCAAGGAGAAGAUGGUGAUAUGGGUUUCUUUCGCGGGAUUUUCAAAUCGUUUUCAAUGUCGAAAGUGAGGAAGUUGCUUAUUAAGAAAAGGACAUCAUUUCAUCCCACAGAAGUUUGUCCUUAUUGCAAAGCAAAGCUGUGGAGUAUGCUUCAGGCGAAAAUGAUACCACAUAGUGCUAGCUGUAGAUUGGGCGCUUAUGAAGAUAGCAUUGAGUAUUAUGUUUGCCUCAAUGGACAUAUGCUCGGAGUUUGUACACUCUUACCUUUGUCUGAUUCUGAAGGAGCAUCCGAGUUUCAGUGA